AUGCCAAAUUCCAAAUCCAAAUCCAACCCCCUCACAUCCCCCGCAACACCAAUAGCCCUCCAACCCCACCACCUCCUCUCCCCACCCGCCGACCUCCUAACCAACACCGCAACAACCCUAACAAUAACCCCAACCCAAGACACCAAAUCCCCCUCACAAACCUUCACCAUCCACCGCAUCCGCGCACACGAAAACCCCCGACAGCCCAGACCGCACCGUCCCCCUCUACACCGUACACGGGAAACCAUGGCCGAACACAAGUCGCGUACUCUGCGACACAGAGGGCGUCCCAGUACUCGUACUACGACGCGUCUGGUUAUCGCGGAAAUGGGAGAGGGAGCCGGGACUGUAUAUGGUUCUGUGGACGAGCCACCGCCUUAUAGUGCUGUUUCUGGGGUUGGGGUUGGGCGUGAGGGGAAUGCGGAUACACAUGCAGAUGCAAAUGCAAAUGCGGGGGUGACGCAGAGAAAUGAGAAAGAGGUACAUUCACAACCCGCUGAAUGUCUAAUAACAUCACCAUCCGCCAGACAUACGUUCCAUCCUCCUUCUCCCUCCCUCCUCCCCUCUUACGACUCUGUUCGUCGAGACUCGCCGAAUUCCCUGCGUGAUCUGCUCGAUGCCAUCGAGUCGCCGCAGGAGCCGGUGCCGGCUGUCUUGUUUCGUUCGUCUACGUCUACAUCUUCGUCGCAGAAUGCCAGUGCUAGUACCAGUACUAGUUCCGAUCCUGGAAUAGGGUCGGCACAUACGAAUACAGAAGCCCCGCGGUCGGAGGUUGAGUUGAGAGUGAUGCAGCUAGCUGCAUCAGGUACGGGUGUCAUGAUGGGUAACCAGAAGAUCAUGCAUAUCACGCGACACAAUGCGAUGGAUUACAGUAAAUCCAAAGCGAGGUUGAGGCCGAGGUGGGAGGUUGAGGUUGCUGAGGGUGUUGAUUUGCUGCUGGCAGUGAAUAUCGUGCUGAUUAUGUCCGAGUCAUCUCAGAACAAAUGGAGGUAA